GUCACAUUUUUGUCCAAAUUAUGCUUUUGAACAAAACAGUUGAUUUAUUUACGAUGGAGGAAGUAAAAAGCAAACUCUGUCAUAACCUGUAGUUGUGUCAUUUAAACAAGAGUUAUGCUCAAUUCAACUUCAUCAACCUUGUCCUAUUUCAUUCUUGAAGCUUACAUGUCUGUCGGAAGUCUGAGAUAUUUUUAUUUCAUGAUAACUACAGUGUUGUACAUUGUGAUUAUCUUUGCCAACACAACUCUCAUCAUGGUUAUCUGCAUGAACAGAAGCUUACAUGAACCUAUGUACAUUUUCCUGUGCAGCCUGUUUGUAAAUGAACUGUAUGGUAGUACAGGGUUGUUUCCAUUCCUGCUGGUUCAGAUCCUCUCUGACGUUCACAUUGUUUCUGCUUCAGUUUGCUUCCUGCAGAUUUUCUGUGUGUACACAUAUGUGAAUGUAGAGUUCUGUAACUUAGCUGUCAUGUCUUAUGACAGAUAUCUCGCUAUCUGUUGUCCUCUGCAAUAUAACACACGUAUGACACAUAACAAGGUGUUUGUCAUUAUUAUGAUGCUGUGGUUGUAUCCAUUUCUAAAAUGUCUUGUUACUUUGUCCUUAAACGUCCAUUUGCAGUUCUGUGGAAACACCAUAAACAGUCUGUAUUGUCAUAAUUACCUGAUUGUAAAACUGGCCUGCUCUGAAACCAAAGUGAAUAACAUUUAUGGACUUGUUUCCAUUGUUUUCUCUGUUUUAAUGCCAUUGCUUGUAAUCCUUUUCUCUUACAUGAAAAUUCUCAAAAUUUGUUUUUCUGGUUCCAAACAGACCAGACAGAAAGCUGUCAGUACCUGCACACCUCACCUUGUGUCUCUCAUAAACUUUUCUUUCGGGUGUUUCUUUGAAAUACUCCAGACCAGAUUUGAUAUGACCAAUGUUCCCAAUGUGCUGCGAAUCAUUUUGUCACUAUAUUUCUCCUUACUGCAACCAAUUUUGAAUCCUGUCAUGAAUGGACUGCAAAUGUCCAAAAUACGAAACACAUGUAAAGAUUUAUUUUAUUGUAAAAUGAUAACUGGCCAUAGAGAUUUAAUAUAAAGAGAUGGGGCUGCAUUUUUUGUUAUUUGUAAUUUG